AUGUUUCAAACAGAAAGCUCGGGACAAACAAGCCACACAGGCGCUGCAAAAAAGCGCGAGUCAGUGAGGGGCGCAGCGCUGUUUGAUAAGGCAGUUCUUGCGCUUAUUUCUCUUGAGCUGGCUCGGCCAAUGGGCUCGCUUUUCCAGCACUGCGCACAUCUUUUCGUGUGCGGGGUUCUUGUAUUCCCGUUCGCACAGGAUCUGACAAAGAGCGAGGCUUUUGCGUGCUUUGGCGCCAUCCACUGGGUUAUGCAGAGAACGCAGAUCUCUGGGGAGAUUUUCUACACUUUGCUGGCGCGAAAUCAGAGGGCGUCGCUCGCCUGCUGCAUGCAUCGCGUUGGGAUGUACGGGAUAAAGUCGCUGUUUGCAGACAUAAAAACGCCCCGGGGGCUGCUUCUGUGGAUGCAGAGCGCGUACUUUAUCCUUAUGUGUGUUCUCGGGCUGAGGCUCCUUUUCCGGGCAAACUCUUCAGCAAACGCGAAGAGAAAGUUUUUGCAUCUUGGGAUUUUCCUGUACUACUACAUAUUUCCCCAAGACUUGCUGCGGGUGCAUUCUGUCUGCAUUCUAUUUUUAAUGCAUGCCUUUUCGCAGAUAAUGAAAGUUGCCGAGCGCGCGUACAACAUAAGCGAGCGAGAUCUUCUUUCCUCGUUUCUCACGGAAAAAGACCGGAAAGGAAUUGUUUCGCACAUUCUCCUGGUGGCAGCGUUCCUCUUCGUGCUCGAGGGGCUUUCCGGAGACAGGGCGCGGACUCUUUUUGUGCUGUCCUCGCUGGGCAUAGUCGACGCGGUCUCGUGCUUCUUCCCAAAGUCUCCGAACACGCACAAAAGCAAGCUUGGCAGCAUAGUCGGAGGCAUCUUGGCCAAGUGCGUGCUGAGUGCCAUGGGCGUGGACUAUCCGCUCUGGAUGUACUUUGUGCUAGGCUUGGGAGAGUUCUAUGCGCACAUGAACGACAACAUCCUUCUGCCUAUUUUGGCUGUUGGCGUCUCGUCGAUUAGAUACAAAUAG